AGAGGCGGUUCUUCUUCUAGAGGACUACCCAUGAAGAGGGGCCCACCACCAAGAAGUGGCGGCCCUCCGCCUAAAAGGUCUGCACCUUCAGGACCAAUUCGCAGCAGUGGUGGAAUGGGAGGGAGAGCUCAUUUGUCACGAGAACGUGAUGGAUAUGGUGGUCCUCCCCGCAGAGAUUCGCUGCCAUCAAGAAGGGAUGUUUACAUGUCUCCACGUGAUGAUGGCUAUGGUGGUAAAGACAGUUAUUCGAGCAGAGAUUAUCAAAAUUCGCGGGAUUCUAGAGAUUAUGCUCCACCACCAAGAGAUUAUGCAUACCGGGAAUAUUCCAGCCGUGAUGAUUAUGGAUCCAGGGGAUACAGUGACAGAGAUGGGUAUGCUCGGGAUAGGGACUACGAUCAUCCAAGUGGCUCUUACCGAGAUUCGUAUGAUGGUUACGGUAACUCACGUAGUGCUCCGCCUGCACGAGGUCCACCGCCAUCAUAUGGUGGAAGCAGUCGAUAUGAUGAUUACAGCAGCUCACGGGAUGGCUAUGGUGGAGGUCGAGACAGUUACUCAAGCAGAAAUGAAAUCUACUCAAGUGGUCGUGAGCGUGUUGGCAGACAAGAGCGUGGUAUCCCCCCUCCAAUGGAUAGAGGCUACCCUCCACCACGUGAUUCAUACAGCAGUUCAAGCCGUGGAGCCCCAAGAGGUGGGGGGCGAGGAGCAAGCAGAUCUGAUAGAGGUGGUGGCAGGAGCAGAUAUUAA